GUUUCAUGUGCUAAUUUCUGAUGAGAACUGUCAUGUGAACAAUUAAAUUCCGACAGCAGGCGGACAAUUUAUUCGCAGAUGAUGGAUUGCAAGCGUUAACGAAAACCCUCUCUGGACAUGGAAAAACAAUCCUAGUUUAAUUGAUAGGCCUUGGCGGAAAAUAUUUUUAUUGCACUUUUUUAGUGACUGCUUUUAAGAAAUACUCAUGCUCUUUAUCUGCGGCAAUGAUGUUUUCUUGAUUUUUCUUAAAAGAAACAAAAUAUAUAUUCGGUUAAUAAUGCUUAUCGAAGCUGAAGAGAAGCGGUUCCGCGAGCAAGUCGAGCAGGUGGAGCAGUGGUGGAACAGCCCGCGUUUCCGCGGCAUCACUCGGCCCUACACGGCCGAGAGCAUUGUAUCCAAGCGCGGCUCGAUCCAGCCGACGUACCCGUCAGACAUUCAGGCCAAAAAGGUGUUUGCGCUGUUCGAGGAGCGGUUUGCCUCGCGCACGGCGUCGCACACUUUCGGGUGCCUCGACCCCAUCCAGGUGGCGCAGAUGGCAAAGUACCUCGAGACCGUGUACGUGUCCGGCUGGCAGUCCUCGUCGACGGCCAGCUCGAGCAACGAGCCCGGGCCGGAUCUCGCCGACUACCCGAUGGACACGCUGCCCAAGAAGGUCGACCAGCUGUUCAAGGCGCAGCUGUUCCACGACCGGCGGCAGAAUGAGGAGCGCCUCAGCGUGCCGGCCAGCGAGCGCGCCGACCUGCCGUUCAUUGAUUUCCUGCGGCCCAUCAUUGCCGACGCCGACACUGGGCAUGGCGGCAUCACGGCCAACAUGAAGCUGGCCAAGAUGUUCGUCGAGGCUGGCGCGGCCGGCAUCCACAUUGAGGACCAGGCGGCAGGCACUAAGAAGUGCGGGCACAUGGCCGGCAAGGUGCUUGUACCUGUGUCCGAGCAUAUCAACCGGCUGGUUGCCAUGCGCGCGCAGUUCGACAUCAUGGGCACCGAGACGCUGCUGGUCUCGCGCACCGACGCCGAGGCUGCCACGCUGCUGACCAGCAACAUCGACCCACGCGACCACCCGUUCAUCCUGGGCUCGACCAACCCGGCGCUGCCGCACCUGGCCACCGCCAUGACCGAUGCGCAGAGCCGUGGCGUAUCUGGCGCCGGGCUCGAGCGCAUCGAGAAGGGGUGGAACGACAAGGCUGGCGUCAAGACCUUUGCUGAGGCUGCGGCCGACUGGGCAGCGCAGGCCGGCUGCUCCAAGCAGCAGAUUGCGACAUUUGGCGACCAGGUCGGCAAGCUGUCCAACAUCGAGGCACGCGCGCUGGCAAUCACAGUCUUUGGCGGCAAGGCUGGCGAGAUCUACUGGAACUGGGACGCGCCGCGUCCGCGCGAGGGCUACUACCGCUACCGCGGCGGCACGGCGGCAUGCAUCAUGCGCGCCGUGGCCUACGCGCCGUACAGCGACCUGCUGUGGAUGGAGACGGCCAAGCCAAUUCUCAGGCAGGCCGAAGAGUUUGCGCACGGUGUGCGUGCCGUCUUCCCCGACCAGUGGCUGGCGUACAACCUGUCGCCGUCGUUCAACUGGGACGCGGCCGGGCUCAGCGACGCCGACAUGGAGGCCUACGUGCCCAGCCUGGGCAAGCUCGGCUUUGUGUGGCAGUUCAUUACGCUCGCUGGCUUCCACGCCACGGGCCUGUCGUCGGACCUGUUUGCGCGUAGCUACGCCGAGCGCGGCAUGUACGCCUACGUUAACGGCAUUCAGCGCCAGGAGCGCGCCAAUGGCGUCGAGACGCUGGCCCACCAGAAGUGGUCCGGCGCAAAGUAUGUCGACAGCCUGAUGGCCAUUGCCACGGGUGGCGUGUCCGCGACCUCUGCGAUGGGCGCUGGCGUGACCGAGACACAGUUCAAGUGAAGCCAAGAAGACACGCCUUGGCUGUUUUUCUUUUUUAUUCAAAUUUCAUUCCAUCAUCUCCCAUCUUGUAUUCACACACUUGCUUCUUCA